GUGGUUUAGAAUUCAUAGUUUUGCAUGGUUUUGAGGACUGUCUCCGCGCUUGACAGCAGCUUCGAUGUAAAUACUGAACUUGUGAAGCAGAACGUGUAGUCUCGUGCCAGCGAAAUUGUGGCUACACCCGAGGAGCGCGAGCUAACCCCUCCUCAUGCUGUCAGCGCAUCACUCAAUGAAUACUCAACCGCUGAUAUCAUUUUCAAAGCCCACUACAGAAGAACGGACGCUGCUUUUGGGAUUAAUACACAAUAGCCUACCGCUUGUUUUUGGAGUGUUUCUUUAUCCAGUUUUACUUUAGUCGAGGUUUCUACGCGUAACAACUUCGGCGAAACUGGGUGGGAAACUUUCAGUGAGGACCAAGAUUUUCUCAUGUCGGGCUCACUUCAACAAAGGCAAAAUUCAACUGUAGCUAUCGGUACCCUUGAAAGACGUUGACAGUUGUUUACAGUAUGCUGUGGUUAGGUCUGCUGCAGUCUGUCGUCAUUGUUGGGUGUCUUCAUUACUUUGCAAAAGGUGUGUCGCUGAGUGGAACCCGUCAUGUUUCAGUUGUGCAUCACGGCUACGAGCUGGUGUCCAGCAGCCUCAACUGGACAGCGUCACUGCAGGUCUGCGCCCAGAAGUCCGGCAGCCUUGCCCGCGUCUCCAAUGACGACGAGAACCGCCAGCUGACUACGUUCCUGCAGUCCCUCAACGUCACCCAGCCUGUCUGGAUCGCUGGUCAGGUCACCACGAAAAGAAACGACUUCCAGAUGUCGGCCAUGGCGUACUCCUUCAUCCUGCAGUUCUCCGAGCGCUCGGACUCCAAGUCAGCACGUCUGCGUCGCAGCUUCCACCAGAUGAGCGCUGUGAGCGUGUGCGCCCAGCUGCAGUUCAAUCGCAGUUGCCAUGGCGUCUCCACGGUGUUCUCCUACUCCAUACGCACCUUCGCCAACGAGCUGCAGCUGCAGGCCACCGUCCCCGAGCCAGGGGAGGGGCAAGAGAUCCACUUGACGCUGCUGGUGCACGGCAUCUCUGGUCUUCCGGUAGCCGCUCUGCCGAGCGACGGUGCAUGGCACUCGGUGUGCGUGAGCUGGUCGUCCAGUGAGGGCAAGUGGGACAUGUGGACCGACGGCUCGCUGGUGAAGUCGGGCAGCGACCUGUACCCCGGGCAGCCUCUGGGGGGCGAUGGCGUGUUCAUCGUGGGCCAGGGGCAGGAGGGUGACGGCGACGGCGUGGUGCGCAGGUUCCGCAGCGGCGAGUCGUAUUGCGGCAACGUGACGCAGCUGCACGUGUGGGACCGGCAGCUAGGGGGCGCCGAGGUGGCCAGGAUGGAGAAGGAGUGCACACCGCCCCCUGCCGGCCUGCUGUACGAGUGGCGUAUCUCCCAACUCGAGAUCGAACCCUCGCUCAAGAACUUCUGGGGGAACCCACCCUGCCAAGAGAAUGCCAGCCUGUUGGCCAGCCAGGUAUUGCUGCCUCGACUGGAUGUGGGUUCAGGAUGGCAGUACCACAACUUCUCAUCGCAGGCGUUCCACCUCUCCAACAGGGAGUCCUGCGUCACCAUCGACCCCCUCACCGGCAGCUGGGGACUCGACUCGUGCCACACCCACAGGCCUGGUGUCUGCCAAGUUCUAAAAACUGGGCUGGACGUACCCUCAGGUCCACGACCUGACCUGUUCUCUAAAGCCAUCGAUGAGAUCUACUUCAACUCCUCGGCGGCAACGGAUCUCUCGCGCCUGUCAGACCUGAUCGGAGUGCUGCUGAAGGUUCUAGAAUCCGAGCCUGGCGCUGUGACGGCUCGAGACGUGCAGCGCUUGACCACGAUGAUGGAAAACGCCGCCGCCACUCAGAUCUACUUUGCUAACGCCACACAGGAAGCUGUGGUCUCCUUGACAACUGACUACCUGAGGCUGGCCAGCGAGAUGAUCACACCGGACAUGGCGGCACAGUGGGUGAACAACGGUGAUGCUGAGGAUUCCCCAAAGCCAUUCACCAUAAUCCACAGCAUCGAGAAGCUGACAUGGGCACUUGCUGAUGUGCUGUCAAAAGAGGGGAAGAGUUUUACAAUAUCAACUAAAAACAUUGACCUGCAUCUGGAGCCUCGUAAGUUGACCCAGAUGAGCUGUAGUUGUGUUUAUAAGCCGUCAGCAUUCGGCAGCCAGAGCGGCAACAGCCAGGACGAGAUUCACAUCCCCGACACAGAGGUGCAGAGACUACACUCACUAGGCCACACAGACGUGAUGUUCAUCCAUGCCUACUACGGACAUCUCAAAGACCUGGAGCCGGACGACAAGCAGGAUGGGAGUAGUCUUCAGAGUCCCCAUGCAGGCCAGCUGUCCUCUGCAGUGAUCUCCGCCACCGUUAGAGACGUCUCCAAAUCGGUGAACGUGCCGGUGUCUGUGCAGUACUCUUUGGCUGCCACAGACGUGGUGGAGUAUUCUCAACUGGCAACACCCUCCUGCGUCUUCUGGAAUUUCACUCUGAUGGCCUGGUCUACUGAGGGUUGCUGGGUAACGCAGUCCGACUCCUCUGGUACCGGCUGCUUCUGCAACCACACCACCAACUUUGCAGUACUGAUGAACUACCUGGAGACACCUUGGAGUCCGCAGGAGCAGAGUAUUCUGACCAAGUUGACGUUCAUCGGUUCUGGGGCCUCUCUCUGCGCUCUCAUGGUGACACUGAUGCUCUUUACAGUGCUGGACAUCCCCAAGUCUGACCGCACCUCCAUCCAUAAGAACCUGUUUGUGGCCCUCACCUGUGCUCAGGUAGUGCUGCUCUGCAGUGGCUCCGCCAUCAGCAACAAGGUGGCGUGCACGCUGGUGGCGGCCCUGCUGCACCUCUUCUUCAUGGCCGCCUUCAGCUGGAUGCUGGUGGAGGGGCUGCUGCUCUGGAGCAAAGUUGUCACCGUCAACCUCAGCGAGGACCGCCACAUGAAGUACUACUACCUGAUUGGUUGGGGUCUCCCGGUGCUGAUAGUGACCAUUACGUUGGCUUCUGCGUCGGGCCGCUAUGCUGCAGACGGCCACUGCUGGCUUAGCGUGCAGAACGGAGUGAUAUGGGGCUUUGCCGGCCCCGUCAUCUUCAUCAUUAUGGUGAACAUCAUGGUGUUGGCGCGUGUAGUGGGCAUCACCAUCACCACAGCCAAAAGGAGAUCCCUCAUGAUGGCCGCCAACAGUAGCCCCAUGGAGCAGGCCUACGAGCAGAUACGGGCGGCGGUGAAAGCUGUGCUGGUGUUGCUGCCUAUCCUGGGCCUGACCUGGCUGUGUGGCGUUCUGGUACCAUUCUCCAUCGUCAUGGCAUACAUAUUUGUAAUACUCAACUCCCUACAGGGUCUCUUCAUCUUCCUGAUCUAUGGCGUCUACAACACUGAGGUUCGCAGUACGGUUAACCGCAUCAAGGAGCGCCGCAAAGCCCUCAACUUCUCUAACUGUGCAAGCUCCAGGCCCUCCAGCUCCAUCACCAGCUCUCGUCCGACCAGCUCCCCAGCCGGAGGGGCUCCUGGCCAGGGCGCUCCACUCUCCCUCUCCUCCCACUGCGACAGCACCAGUCUGGAGGGGGAGAGCGCCACCUACACCAGCCGGAGUGAGUAGCAAGCACCAAGAGACCACCUUCUCAUUACUCCUCACCCAUCAUAUCCCACCAGUCCUCCUCUCCUCCCCACUCCUCCUCAAACCACCUACACCAGCCAGAGUGAGUAGCAGGCAGACCAUCACCUCCUCACUGCUCCUCACCACCUCC